UGCGGAAGUCUUCCCCUGGCGGACCAGGAAGUAGCUGAAAACAGGGAGAUGGGAGUUCUGGAGGCCUCGCUCCGGAGCAGACCCCAAGCCGCGGUUCCCCCGCGAUAGACCGGACCUGGGUGGCGGGCUCCGGGCCCCAAGGGAUGGAGGGGUCUAAGACGUCCAGCAGCACCAUGCAGGUGAGCUUUGUUUGCCAGCGCUGCAGCCAGCCCCUGAAACUGGACACGAGCUUCAAGAUCCUGGACCGUGUCACCAUCCAGGAGCUCACAGCUCCACUACUUGCAACUGCCCAGGCGAAGCCAGGAGAGACCCAGGAAGAAGAGGCUAACUCAGGAGAGGAGCCAUUUAUUGAAACUCGCCAGGAUGGUGUCUCUCGCAAAUUCAUCCCCCCAGCCAGGAUGAUGUCUACAGAAAGUGCCAACAGCUUCACUCUGAUUGGGGAGGCAUCAGAUGGCGGCACCAUGGAGAACCUCAGCCGAAGACUGAAGGUCACUGGGGACCUUUUUGAUAUCAUGUCGGGCCAGACAGAUGUGGAUCACCCACUGUGUGAGGAAUGCACAGAUACUCUUUUAGACCAGCUGGACACCCAGCUCAACGUCACUGAAAACGAGUGUCAGAACUACAAACGCUGUUUGGAGAUCUUAGAGCAAAUGAAUGAGGAUGAUAGUGAACAGCUGCAGAUGGAGCUAAAGGAGCUGGCCCUGGAGGAGGAGAGGUUGAUACAGGAGUUGGAAGACGUAGAAAAGAACCGCGAGAUAGUGGCAGAAAAUCUCGAGAAGGUCCAGGCUGAGGCUGAGAGACUGGAUCAGGAGGAAGCUCAGUAUCAGAGGGAAUACAGUGAAUUUAAACGACAACAGCUGGAGCUGGAUGAUGAGCUGAAGAGUGUAGAAAACCAGAUGCGUUAUGCCCAGAUGCAACUGGACAAGCUUAAGAAAACCAACGUCUUUAAUGCGACCUUCCACAUCUGGCACAAACAGGGAAUUGGAAUUCUGGAGCUUGGGGACAUCCACUCCUCCAAGGAAAGGGAACAGCCUGAGCCAUCCAUCCACCUCAAUAGCUGGUCAUCUGCCUGGCACAGUGGACAAUUUGGCACGAUCAAUAACUUCAGACUGGGUCGCCUUCCCAGUGUUCCUGUAGAGUGGAAUGAGAUUAAUGCUGCUUGGGGCCAGACAGUGUUGCUGCUUCAUGCCCUGGCCAAUAAGAUGGGUCUGAAAUUUCAGAGGUAUCGACUUGUUCCCUAUGGAAACCAUUCCUAUCUGGAGUCUCUGACAGACAAAUCCAAGGAGCUGCCAUUAUACUGUUCUGGGGGGUUGCGCUUUUUCUGGGACAACAAGUUUGAUCAUGCAAUGGUGGCUUUCUUGGACUGUGUGCAGCAAUUCAAGGAAGAAGUUGAGAAAGGUGAAACGCGUUUUUGUCUUCCUUACAGGAUGGAUGUGGAGAAAGGCAAGAUUGAAGACACAGGAGGCAGUGGCGGCUCCUAUUCCAUCAAAACCCAGUUUAACUCUGAGGAACAGUGGACAAAAGCUCUCAAGUUCAUGCUGACGAAUCUUAAGUGGGGUCUUGCUUGGAUACAGAAAAAUAAGCCUGAAUUGGAACAUAAACUACAGUUCAAAAGAUUCUUGGAGCUUUUGUACCCUGAGUAGUGAACGUAAACAAGGGGAGGGAUGCGUGCAGUGAUGGAAGUCUGUUUAUAUUUGGCGGAUUCAUCCUGCCUCAUGUGUUGGAGGACGCAGCAGCCCUCAGAGCUCUGGCUGCCAGGUGGGGAGGAGCAGGCUGCUGUUGCCCUGGAGUGUUAGCUCCCACGCUGUGAGUCAGGAUUGCAUAAGAGAACUCAGCAAUGCUCUCCAAAGCAAUGCCAGUGAUGCUCUGCAAAUGCCCCACAACCUUCAGAAAUAGAGACAGAUUUCUUAUUAAUAAAUAAUCUCAACAUGUUGCUUGGAAUGGUCUCUCAAGCCAAAUGUAAUUUUUUAUUAGUUUUUCUGAAUUUACAGGGAAGAUUAAAUCCAGAUUCCACUGUUUGCCCACAGCAAAACUACAUUAGGAUACAUUUGCCUUGAUAUUGUUAGCAUGGAAACAUUGGACUGGACAUUUCCUUCUGCUGGAGAUAAGUUCCAUGAAAUAUGAGAGGGAUAUUUGGGCCUUGAUAUUUUCUCUAUUUGGGAGGGCAUACUUACUGGACUUUAACAUAAUAACAAGUCAUCAUCGUAAAGGGAAAUAGCUGAACUUGGACCUCCAUUUCCAAUUUCACUUCAUAAGAGGAAAACUGGAGAACUUUUCAGUCCUACCCUAGUUUUUCUCCUCCCAGAUCCUGUUCAUUCAUCCUAAUCCUGGGUCUUGGCAUUU